AUGGAGGAAGCGAAGCGGCUGCACGCGCGCCUGCUCCGCCGCGGGGAGCGUCGCCUGCAGCCGCUGCUCCUGCGCGUGCUCGCGGCCGGAGACCUGCGCUACGCCGCGCUCCUGAUCGACUCUUACCCUUCGUCCCCGCCCUCCGCACCGCUCCACAACCGCCUGCUCCACGCGCUGGCCGCUGCGCGCCACCCGCUGCUGCUCCCCUGCUUCGCGCGCGCGCACCGCCUCCGCCUCCUGACCCCACUCUCCUUCACCCUCCUCUUGUCCUCCUCCUCCACCACCCAACGGUUCGCCGCGUGA